ACAUUUAAAGUUUUGGUUGGAGAAGCCGUUUUAGGUGUGAUUUCCUAUGAAAAUUUAGGAGAAUUUUCAUACACACGAAUUGAUUUUAAAUGUGGAAGUAUUUACUGGUGGCUAAUUGACAUGGAUACUAGAUCAAGGAGGUCAAAAUCAAGGACUCCCUUUACCCAGGUGGAGGAGUUUAGUAAAACCUUCCUGGAGAAGGAGACAAUAGUUGAAAAUAAUGUACGUGUCACAAGGAGUUCUACUUCAUACAAAGUAAAGGAUAGCACAUCAGAAGCAGUAGAUGAGGUAACAUCUACGAACGCGAGACCAAUUACAAAAUCCUCCCAUCAAUCAGAACGUGUCAGUCGAAAAUGGCACAAUACUUCGGAUUAUUCUUCCGAAGGAGAAAACGAAGUAUCUUCGACCAAAUCUAUAUCACAGAAUGAGAAGAAUCAAAUGAUACAGGACGCUAGAGCUGCCGCCAACGGUGGUAGUGAAGUAUCGGCGUUAGAUCUCUACAAAAAAUCCGGAAGAUAUUGGGACGUAUAUCCAAAAACAGAUUAUACAUACUCGCCGCUCUCGGGAGAUAGGGUCGAAUUAGCUCCUGGCGUCGUGGCUAUGCCUAACAUGUCCCGGAAAACUAUACACUCGGUCCACUCGUCUAGCGAUGAAUCACACCUUUUUACCAACGUCGAACACAAACAUACCAACACCGAAUCAUACAUAUCUCGAAGUCACUCAGAUUUAGUUACUGACUACAAGCCUAGACAAUUGUUUAACAAUAACUAUGAGUCCAAUUACUCUAAAACGAGCCACAAGACUGUUACAACGACGUGGUGGACGAAAAUGCGGACCAGUACGAUUACUACGGUCACGAAGGUAGUAACUACUAUUUUGUCAAUUCUGUAUUUUGGUUUCCGUGUAACGGUAUCCUGGUUUUCAAAACUGCAUAAGCUUUCGAGUACGGUGAUGUUAAUGGAUACUUGGCUGCUAUGGAAGAAUGAGAACAGAAACAAAAGUACGAAGUUGGCUGCUCUUUGUAUUAUUCCGUUGUUGCUUCUGGGAGGUUGGUCGAUAUGGUCGAAUCUGGGAAGCAUAUUCAACAAAGGAGAAUCCGAUUUAUCCGUCCCAAUUAUAGUUCCCAAGCCUGAAGUAAAAUAUACAGAAACAGUUAAUACUAUUCCCGCUGUACAUAUAGAGUCCGAAGUAAACAUCAAUGACGACAACGAGGUUUUUAUUAAUCAACAGAAAAUAAUAGAUGGUCUAAAAGAUGAAAUAAUAAAACUCCGAUCUGAAAUGGUAGAAGCAGAACGAGCGAGGCAGAACGAUUUGAAUAGGAUAAUGUCAGGUCUGAAUUCUGAUAGGUCCGAGAAAGCUGUUUUCUGGACACAGCGUGUUAAUCGAUGCUGUAAGAAUCCUUAUAUAGAUAUCGAUAAUUAUAUAAGUAAAGUUUUAACGAAUUUUAUAAACGACCCAGAGUUUCUAAGAAAUCAAAAAGGCUUUAACGAAUAUUUAAGAACUAUCUUGAUAGCAAGACAAGAGUUGGAAUACAGAAUAGGUAAUAUAACUUCUAACUUCGAUACAAAAUACGAGAACUUGUUAAAUGAAAAUACACUAAAACUUAUGGAGGAAGUGACUUUAAGGAUAAAACGAGACAUUAGCAAAGAGUCAAAACAAAUAGACAGAACUUCUGGACAAGAUGUAUCAAUUUCUGACCAACACAUCAAAAAACUAGUGAGGGGAGUGCUUGAUGUUUAUGAUGCAGAUAAAACAGGUUUGGUAGAUUACGCAAUGGAGUCAAUGGGAGCUCAGGUUCUAAGCACAAGAUGCACAGAAAACUACCACUCGGGCAAUGCAGUAGUUUCUGUAUUAGGAAUCCCUUUAUGGUAUCCAGUGAAUUCUCCGAGAACUGUAAUAACUCCUGGGAUAAACCCGGGCCAAUGUUGGGCCUUUCAGAACUUUCCAGGGUUUAUUAUGAUUCGGCUGUCCAGGCGAAUCAAAGUUGAAGCUUUCUCGAUGGAACACAUCAACAGAUUGCUGGUACCAAAUAGUGAAAUUGACUCGGCUCCAAAAAAUUUCGAAGUGUAUGGUUUAAAAGACGAGAACGAUAGCGAUCUAGUGCUGUUAGGUGAAUAUGUCUAUGAAUAUGACGGGGAUGCGUUGCAGUUUUUCGAUGUUCAAAAAGACGAACAGAUAUUCGAGAUAAUCGAACUUAGGAUACUGUCGAACCACGGAAAUCCUAAAUACACCUGCUUGUAUCGAUUUAGGGUACACGGAAAAUUAAUUUCGUAGUUUUUUGGAAUUAAAUUUUGAAGAAGUGUAAAUUAUGUUGUUGGAGGUUAAGAUGUUCCCGUGUAAAUGUCGAUAAAACUUAUUUAAAAGGAGAAAUUGUACAUACAUCAAACAUAUUUAUAUGUAGUUAUAAAAACUCGAAGAAGUCUAUAUACUGUUCGUACUAAUAGAAACUCAAUGAGUUCCAACACCGCAUAGGUUCAUACACUGCAGUACGUGUGGUCCAAUUUCCUUAAAACCUAUUCUUACAUACACUUUAAAAGGUAAGAUAUAAGUAAAGUGGAAAAUUCAAUAUUUUCUUUGGUAAUAUGAGCAGUACAGGCUCUAAAUCUGUUUUUGUCUUUUGCUUAUAUGAGCUUCGAUUUAUCAGUAUUUAUAAAAAGUUUUCGGUCGUGGAAAGGUAUAUUUACAUUACGUUAAGCAGAAUAUUUUUAUUUUAAACAAAAUAUUUUAUAGAUUAACGUGACUUAGGUGAAAUCGUUUAACCUAUUUUAUCAUUCCGUUAUGUUGUUCCCCAAUACUUUAUUUUCCGAUUCCGGUUGACUAUUAAUAGUUUAUCCUGCUUUAUAUUUUAUAUAUUUUUAAACCCAUGUAGAUAAUCAUUUAUAUUUAACUUUAAUUGUAUUUCCAGUGCCUUCAUUUUUGUUUGCCUCAACUUCUGUAGCUUUUGUAUCUCUAUAGGUUGUUAAGUUUGUAUUAGCUUGUUGAUACUCAUUUCUUGUAAGCGUCUAUAUUUUUGAAGGGACUGUAUCUGUAAUUUCAAUCUUUUUGGUCGUAACACAUGGUGGAUAUUUCUUAUUCUAUUGUAAUUUAUCCUAAGCCUGAUCUUUGCUUUAUUUGAUUACGUAUUCCUUAAAGAUUUCCAAGAUUCGCUGAUUUUCUUUUCCGUGCACCUCUUAUCAAUUUUAAUUCAUUCAAGUUAUAUUAUUUACAAUCCAUGAUUCUAAUUCUUUAUGCCUCUUAGAACAGCUGCCACUCCAUAUUUUGCGGUUUUAGCUGAUAGCUCUACAAUUUGGUGAUUUAUCUUGCUAUGUGAUUAGUCUGACCUCAUACAUUUUACCUGUUUAAACAUCCCAUUCUUUUUUCUGUUCAGUAUCCACUUGUUUAUUACCUGUACAUUACAUUUUCUUCUGAUAUCUCCACUUCUUUUUGAUCUCAGCGGAUUUCCUGUAAUUCUUCUAGAGAUAUAGUAUAUAGUAUAAUAUAUAAUAUAAUAAUUCGGCUAAUGGAUUAAGUCCACAGUCAAAAGAAACCAACAGACAACACACACACAAUAUAAUAAUUUAGAUUGAGUAUGUCAUUAGUCUGUGUUUUGUCUGUGUCGUUUCUGAUGCUUACUUCAUUAUUGGUCUUAUAGUGGCUUUAUAAAUUCUUGGUUUCAUCUCAGUGUUGUGUUUCGCCUUACAGUAUUAUUAAGACAUCCAGCUAAUCUUUCACUUCAUUUCUUUGUUCACGUUUUGGAUGACAUAAUACUGCAUCUUUUCCGUACGAAAACCUUGUUGCUCAACUGCUAAAUUCUGAUAAAACUCUGAUUUAUUCGUUAGUACAAAAUUUUAGUUCUAAGUUUCAGAGUGUUAUUUAACAGGUUGAGAUCUCUGUAUUAGAUUCCAUUCUAUAAUCAGCUCCAUUAUUUAGAAGAGUGAUUUCAUCGUUUGAAGGCGGAUAAGUAUUUAAAUAUUUUCUUCUCCAUACAAUAAUUUUAUUUUGUUCUAAUAACAUACUUUUUCUGUUGCGUUUCACAUAUCGAAAGUUCAUUUUGCGCAUAGUCUUGAUUAAUACUCUACAAGAUAUUUUGGGUAAGACGCCAUCGUUUUCAAGCUCUUGAGAAAUUUUUUUCUGUGUUUGAGUCUCACUCCGAAAAUAAAAUGAAUGAAUUUUUCGACAUUUCUUGUCUCGUCAUCCAAAACAAUGUUUUUUCUAACUCUAGUUUUACCUUUUUCUUGCUUUUGGAUACGUUUGUUAAACUGCUACAAAUGUCGACCGCUUGGCUAACACUUGAUAUGCCAUGUUUCUGCCGAUAAUUCCUUUAUGUCGUAUCAUGAAUCCUUCUUUUAUGUCCUAUCCUUCAUGUCGUACCUUCUCUUCUGUCAUUAACAUUUUCUGUCUCUUUUGUGGCUUUUCAUUUUUGGAAUCAACAUCAGAAUUUUGCUAUCUUCUCUUGGAACAACUCGGUUGUUCGUCCAUUGUAUUUCAAUAAUCACAGAAUAUAACUUAAAAUUCACUAUAAAACGACAAACUCAAAUACCAAUCGGUUUAUCACCACAAACUUCAACCGCACAAAAUAUAAUCACAAAAUGCAACACAUGCUCUCCCGCCAGCACCGUUUAUGUAAAUGAACGUUUCUUGCUUCGGCACGUGCGGUGGUGUUACCGCUGCGAUGCUUUACAAAUACCCAAGUUGCCAAGUGUUUGAAACGGAAUAGGAAUGAAAUGUAAAACAUCGAUUUUUAUUUUAUAAAUUUAAAUAUGUACCGAAAUGGAACAUGUAAAUAAAAUUUAUUUCAUUACCAUUUUGUGCUCAAUUUUUACUAUUGAAAAACAUAUUUUUUGGUAUUUUUAUCACAAUAAUAAUCGCUGCUUUAAAGAAUUCAGGUUUGUAUGCUAGUUAUGAACAAAAAUCGGUUACUCUAUACGGCAGCUCGUGGUAAAGUCUGUUAUAGAGAAGCAUAAAUAAAUGUACUAAUUAUACAUUCUGUGAUUUUUUAUAAGAAAACGCAAAUUGAAGGGGUAAACGGAAGGCCGCUGUGCAUUUAAAUUUGAAGACAUUCGACGUUUAAAAGAUGAAAUCACUCUUCUAAAUAGUGGAAUUUUACUUUAGUUUUUUGUUUAUUUUCUAUAUUUUUUGAAUAGUGGGAUUAUUACACUUCCCUCCCAACCUUCCGAUUUUUUAUUGUGUAUUAUAAUUUCGUACAUAUUUGCUGUUAUUGUAGUUGCUCAAUCAUUGUUGCCCUUUAAUAUUUCAACCUUUUAUUUGAUAUCCAAUUUUUACCUGUAGCCACUUAGUUUCAUUAAAUGCAUCGUUGUUUUUGUACGAAAUAUAUUCAGAAAUACCGUGGAACAGCUGCAACGUAAAAAAGCAUCCACCUAUGACAAAUAUAUCUACGAAUAGUUUAUUAAACGUUAGUAUCAUCUCUGUGAAAGAUAACAGUAUGUAAUUCUACUUUUUCUCCUUUUAAUUAAGAGAUAUAUAAGUGCAAAAACGUUGUAAAUAUUUUGAAAAUUGUACCAAAGAUUUGAUGUGAAACAAUUGUCGCUGAUACGAGUAAAAGAAGUGUAAAUGGAACAGUCUUAAUCUCCGGUUUUUUGAAUGAACAAAAUUUUUAGUGUGUAUUGUUUGAAUUAAAGUGAGAGUGAAUGAUUCGGAGUUGGCAUAUCUGUGAUACUUUUAUAGCAGGGAGGAGAAUUAUUUUAUUGUUUUAAGCAUUAUAACACGUCAUAAUUUGGAAAAAAAAAAACAGCAAUAUACCCUUCUUUUUCUCCCUGCUUUUCUAUUUACGGUUUUCCAUAGUGGUUAGAUUAGAUAAUUUAGCCGUUGGUUAGUUUCUUCCAAGAUAAAUCGAUUACUAUCUUAAACCAAACUGAUAUAGAAUAUAUUUGUCACUGUUAGAAUAGUUUUCUCAGCGUGGGCUUAAUUUUUAUGGUUUAAAAUUAAAGUACUUUAUAUAUCUUGGAAAAACAACUAAUUACAUUAUACCAAAUAAGUGGAG